AUGGGUUUCAUUCGCAGCCUGCUCAUUAGAUUGGGACUUGUUAAGGCUGUCGUCUUUGUGCUGGAUGCCGCUGAUACGGCCCGCUUCCCGGAGGCCGACGCAGUGCUGCAGGAGCUGCUGAAAGCCGACCUCCUCAAGGCAGCUACAGGGCUGCAGUGCCCUGCGGGGGCGAGGGGAUCCAGGAGGGAAUGCAGUGGCUGCUGGACCAGGCCACUGACGGGACCGAGUGCCGGGGAUGUCUUGGCGGGAUGCCACGUCUUAGCACACGGCUGCGCACAGUCGGGCGGCCCACCCACCUACCUGCACGGCGCGGUCUACCCUGCGGCGCUUGUAUUGCAUCACACGGACCCGCUGAGCCACCCAUCCUGGACGCGCUCUCCAUGUCCUCCACCACCAUCCCCGAACGCCGACCCACUAACUGCCACUGCCACCGCCACCUCGGGAUGUCACAGCAGAUUCCCGCUGCUGGUGGGGGUGGGGGUGGACCUCCCAGGGUGUCACUAA